CCGACAUCAGCUGACCGACACAAAGUACCGGUUGUUUUUAAAUAAUUGUGUUUCUGUCCUAGGUUAAAAAUGGCCGAUGAAUAUGAAUCCGGCGCAGAAGAUUCCGAAGAUGAAGCGGAAGAGGGCUUCGAAAUAAAACCGUCGUUUGUUAUGAUAGCAGUCGACUGCGAUGCCAGCAUGUUCAAAGAAAGCGAAGCUUUUAAAGUGGCUUUAAAAGCCUGCCAUUCGAUUUCGUAUUCCUUGGUUGGCAGUACGAUGGGGGACUGUCAGUUUGCGGUGGUUUUGGUAAGGGAUGAAGGGGAAGUUCUGGUCAAAUUCACGGAUAACUUGAUUGACACCACCAGGAAGUUGAAGGAGUUAUCUGAGAAGUCAUUGGACGACUUGAUAAAGUCGUUUAUGAGAGUGGGGGAGUUUGAUUUGGGGAUGUUUUAUUUGUUUUGCAAAAAACAAUUUAACAAUGUAACGUCGAAAUAUAAGGACAGAACUUUGGUUUACAUUAGCAACGAUGAGGAUCCUGUUCGGGGGGAUAAAGUGAAACAAUUUACCGCGUUUAACGAAGCGAGGAAUUUUCAACACUCCGACAUAACCUUUCAUUUGCUGCCGAUGGUUGGGAGUUUCGAUUUGGGUAAAUUCUAUGAUGAGUUUUACAGGGCUUGCAACAUAACGUCGGAGGCGGAAGUGUGUUUAACUUAUGAUGAUUUGGAGUGGAAAUUGUCAACGUAUAUUAUAAAAAAAGUUAUUAAAUUCAAUCAAAAAUUUUACCCGUUUAAAGAUCAGGGUUUGUUUUUGCAGUGUCAACGGUUUAACUACAUCAAAUCCUUUAAGUUGUUGAAUAAUGCUGCGAUGCAUAAGAAUGGCACACUUGCCAAACAAAUAACGUACGAUGAGGAAAACAAAGAGGUUACUUUUAGUGCUGGGCGUAAACCAUACGAGUUUACUGAUGCUCAAAAAAAGGAGUUAACUAAAAGUGACUUUAAUAUUGGGUACACUCUGUAUACUGUUACGGAACGCGUUACGCCUGUCGGUUUUGUGCUGAAAUCCCCACAUUUGUUAAUUGUGCAUCCCGAAGAAAAGUUACCGUAUUUUGAGCAAUUUUGGCAAUACUGCGUCAACAAAAAUAAAGUGUUGGUUUGUGUCUACAAAGCUAGCAAAUCGUCCACUUUACGAUUCGUGGAAUUGAUACCGAAAUUCGCGAAUAACACGCGUAUGUUUAUGGCAAAGUACAUUCCUUUCGGGAACGAAAUAAACUACCCCUGUUUAAACACGGUUGAGGAAAAAUUCACCCCACAACAGGAAAAACUUAUCAAGGAGUUAAUAGAAGCCCUAAAAUUCGACUACGAUGCAACAAUGUACAGCGAUUUGUCGUAUGCGAAGAAAAAGGCAUACAUAAAGUCCAUGCUUUUGGAGGAAGAAGAGCAGGAUGUGAUGAAUUGUGACGUGGAUGAAAAUUUGGCUGAGAAACACUUGUGUGAUAUAAUUCAAAGAUUAAAUAAAGAGGGGAUGAUUACUUUUGAGGAACCAAAGAAAAGAAAGGCUCCUGCACAGGGUUCACAAAAAAGUAAGAAGAAAUAGUAUUAUGUUUUGUGUUAUUUGUAUAAAAAUGUUUUUUUUUAAGCUUGUUCAAUAUACUUUUAAUUUUGUUUACAAUACCUAAAUCCAG